GCGUACGUGCCCGCGCCUGCCGUUCACGUUCGUCCGUUCGCGCGCGCGUGGUCCCUCGCGCGACAAGGCCAGAGCACGUCCGAAGAUGCCACCAUGGCGACACGCCAGCGCCGCGUGAAUUCACCUUAUUCUACCGCAUCGGCGCACCGGCGUUUGGUCCGGCGAGCUGCCGGGCUGUGUCAGGUGCGGUUACAUUGCUUCGUGGGUUAAAGUACUGCUAGACCACGCUCAGGUAGAUUCAGAGAAGAAUGCCCACUUCUAUACCCUUCUCGUGCGCCAGCCCCUCGUCUCCUCCCCUCACCUCCUAUAAUAUCUCCCUCCGCGAGCACGCUACGCUUCCGCUACUCCGUUAUCUCCCUGUACACCGCCCGCUCCACCACUUGCUCGAGCUGCUGGGUGCUGCUGGCCCGGCCGGCCACCGUCGGGCCGGGAUGGCAGACGUGGCAGCGUUCGGUCCCUCGCCGCCGGCACCGUCUCCUCUCGCGGCCGCCGACGUCGCCGCCGACGCGCUCCUCGCGCCUUGGCCGCUGUCCCCGUGGGCGGCGCCCCUCCGGCCCGGCGGCGACGACGGCCGGUCGAACCCGCUCUUCGCGAUACUGCCGCUCUCGGCGCUGGCGAUAGGGCUGGUGCUGCUGGUCGCCGUGGCGCUCGUCCUGGUGCUGACCCGGCGGGCGAAGCUCAGGCUGCUGGCCGCCGGGGACAGCGUGGACGGUGACAAGCCCGGCGCGCCGGCGUCCAGCUGCGGCAGCAGCGUCCGGGGGUACCAGAACGGCAGGUGCUACGCCGCCACAGGGUGCAUAUACGGCGGGCGGCUGGGCCCGCUGGGGCUGGCGGCGGUGCAGCCGCGGAGCCGGGGCGCGCAGGUGUUCACGUACCGGGAGCUGGAGCGCGCGACGGACGGGUUCGGCGAGGGCAACGUGCUGGGGCGGGGCGCGUACGGCGUCGUCUUCCGCGGCCGCCUCGGCGACGGCACCCCGGCCGCCAUCAAGCGCCUGCAGCUCGACCCCCGCCGCCAGGGCGAGCGCGAGUUCCGCGUCGAGGUGGACCUGCUGAGCCGGAUGCACUCGCCGCACCUGGUGGGCCUGCUGGGGUACUGCGCCGACCAGAGCCACCGGCUGCUGGUGUUCGAGUUCAUGCCCAACGGCAGCCUCAAGGGCCACCUGCACCCCGUCGUCCCUGCCGCCGGCGCCGAGGGGCAGCGGCCGGCGCUGGACUGGCAGACGCGGCUGGGCAUCGCGCUGGACUGCGCCCGCGCGCUGGAGUUCCUGCACGAGCACACCUCCCCGGCCGUCAUCCACCGCGACUUCAACUGCAGCAACGUCCUCCUCGACCACAACUACCGCGCCCGCGUCUCCGACUUCGGCACCGCCAAGGUCGGCUCCAACAAGGCCAACGGCCAGGUCGUCACCCGCGUCCUCGGCACCACCGGCUACCUCGCGCCAGAGUACGCGUCGACGGGGAAGCUGACGACCAAGUCGGACGUGUACAGCUACGGGGUGGUGCUCCUGGAGCUGCUGACGGGCCGGGUGCCGGUGGACACGCAGCGGCCGCCGGGACAGCACGUCCUCGUCUCAUGGGCUCUUCCACGGCUGACGAACCGCGAGAGGCUCGUGCAGAUGGUGGACCCGGCCCUGAAAGGCCAGUUCGCCGUCAAGGAUCUCAUCCAGGUGGCGGCGAUCGCGGCGAUGUGCAUACAGACCAAGGCGGAGUACCGGCCGCUGAUGACGGACGUGGUGCAGUCGCUCAUCCCCAUCGUCAAGAAGAGCCCCUCCAUGUCCUGCUCCUCCACGCCGGCGAGGCCCCUGCAGCACGUCGUCUACAUGAGCCCAGCCGCUGCCACCAACACGUCCUAGGCCGCCACACGACACGAUCGUACGACGACGACGGGUUGGAUUUCUCAGCGAGCUGUUCACGUCAGUAAGGCUGACGCGUCUGAACUGAAGAUAUCAGAUUUCUUUUUUUCUUUUUUGCGAGCCCUAAGUGGAAGAUAUCAGAUUUCUUUUACAUGGGUUUGCCCGAGCAAGUCCUCAUGCUGUAUAGAGCACCACAGGUCCUUCACUUCUUCAAGACAUGCUGCAUUGCAAGCUACCGUUGCAGGUGCACUACAUGCCUCGUGAUUAGUAUAUGUGUUUGGUCCAUAAUACAUCAUUGUUCUUUGUAUAAAAAUGUAGGAAUACACAUUAAAUAAAAAUUAUAACUAAUUA